CGAAGAGUAGACAGCAGCCAUCUUGGUAUGUCCAGGGAGUGAACAGUUAGAAAACAUUGGUGUUAAAAUAGUGCUCUCGAAAAAAACCGUCGCGUUAUUAGGGGUCCUAAAUUCCCAGUUAGUGAGCCUUAUGGCGUGUCUAAACACCCUCAAGCAAGAAAUAAGAACAUUAGAAGGAUUCUUUUCCAAAAACCAUGAACGAUUUCAGAUCGUGUCCGCGAGUGUUGACGAGUUGAGUUGUAGAUUUAUAGGAAAAAACGGGAAAAAAUACGAAAUUCACGCGAACAUCACGGAAACCUACCCGUCUGUGCCCCCUGUGUGGUUCGCCGACUCCGAAGAAACUAGUAUUACGAAUGCCGUGCAGAUUCUAAGUAACACUGAAGGCUUAGACAACCAUGUCCUCCAUCAAGUGUCGAUACUUCUUAGGGAACUAUGCCGCUUACAUGCCGUCCCGGAGCCCCCCGACUUAGAUAGGCUGCAUAUCCCAGAUCCACAAACAACAAAUCGGAUAAGUGCUGCUGACGAGUUAAUGGAAGAUGAAGGCCUUGAUAGCGAAGCCGACGGUGAUAUCGCCGACAGUGAUGCAGAAGAAGAUAGUGAUGCGGACGAAGACUUGGCUAUGGAAAUGGAAGACAGCCGACCGAAAGCAGACGAGAUGGGUGUUGAACAUUUGGCCACAUUAGAACGCUUAAGACAAAACCAAAGGCAGGAAUAUUUAAAAGGAUCCGUCUCGGGCUCGGUGCAAGCGACAGAUCGUCUUAUGAAGGAACUUAGGGACAUUUACAGAUCUGAAUCGUUCAAAAACAAAAUGUAUCAGAUAGAGCUCGUAAACGAAUCGCUUUACGAGUGGAACAUACGCCUGAUGGCCGUGGAUCCGGACAGCCCCCUCAGCCACGAUCUGCAAAUGUUGAAGGAAAAAGAAGGCAAGGACGCCAUUUUACUCAACAUGCUCUUCAAAGAUACUUAUCCGUUCGAGCCGCCGUUCGUGAGGGUGGUGCAUCCCAUAAUCUCAGGAGGUUACGUCUUAGUGGGAGGGGCGAUAUGCAUGGAACUCCUAACGAAGCAGGGCUGGUCGAGCGCGUACACCGUCGAAGCUGUCAUUAUGCAGAUCUCAGCCACGCUAGUGAAGGGCAAAGCGCGGAUUCAGUUCGGAACACCAAAAGUUUGCUCUCAAGGACAAUACAGCCUCGCGCGUGCUCAGCAAAGUUUCAAAUCACUUGUACAAAUCCACGAAAAAAACGGUUGGUUCACGCCCCCGAAGGAGGAUGGUUAAUUCAAGACUGUGCCAAUAUAUAUUUACCCUUCUUAUUUAAAAUAAUGUACCCACACAUCAUUUGAUGCCUGUUUCGUUGAUUUCGAUUUUCAAACUUAUCUUAGUGCCUACACAUCUUUGUUUCUCUAAAUCAAAACGUAUCAGUUUCAUUCCAAAUUGUGUUGUAUAUUAGACAAAAUGACAAUGUGUAGCGUUGUAAAUCGGUCCGAAAAUUGUUUUUUCCAAAUUUGGUUUUCUGUGUAGACAGUAAAGAGUGAUUGUUUGAUGGGGACUGUGAUGUUGUUUCAUUCAUGUUGGGUUCGUCUUUGUUCGGCUCCGGGGGCCCUAGUUUUUUACCAACAAAACUGUUGUCAGUAAUUGUUUAAUGUGCAAUUACAGGUGGUUUCUGUGAAAGCGAAUUUCACGUUGAUUUGAAUUUAGCAUGACUAAGUGAAUGUGAUGAAGACUCAUUGGCAUGUAAUCAUUUUGUUUUCUAGUUUUUCACAUCUAAGGUUUUGAUCCAUUUUCAUUUCAUGUUUUGUACAAAAUGAUAGUCAACCUUAGUUGAUGUUUCCAUACUUAUUUCCUAGUUUAAAGUUAGUGUUACUUUAAUUUAAUUGGCAGCAAAUACUGUAUUUUAUAUUAUUGUGUAUUCUGUUUGCUGUAACUUCACUCUUUAAACAGUAUGUGAGUCUGUGCUUUUAGUUAUAAGGUCAAUAAACUAUUAUUAUAA